AUGACGGAGGAGGUCAUGAUGCCCGUAGGAAUGCAGGCGCCGGUUCCUAGAAGAAAGGUGCCUGGUCAAAGUAAGAAGGAAGCUGCUAAUUUCACCAUGAAGUCAGCUAUGGUAGCAGACGCAAUGCAAAAUAAGAGAAGCCUGAUUCCUUGGAAAUCCAUUGAUUCCCUGCCCAGCAUCUCAGGGCUUCUUAUUGAAGCGAUUGCAUCCUGUAAGUCAGACAAUGGCCUCAGUUUUGCAGAGCUGAAAGAAGUGCUCAGUGCAAAGGGAUAUGAUGUGAGGAGGCAUUCUCCUAGAAUUAAGAGGAAACUACAGUCCCUGGUGUCCAAAGGUGCCCUGGUGCGUAUGACGUGUGGCAAUGGCUCAAGUUUUUUUGUAGUCAGAAAGUACCAGGAAAGGGCCACCGAGAUAUCUGAAGACUUGGAGAAAGCUGUCAGAAUAAAGAAGGCAGCAGUGGGUGCUCCCGCAAAGACAAAGGGAACAGCUGAAGAAGCAAAGAGAUCUAGCUGGAAGGCUGGAGAAGCUAGCAGGAAGCUCCAGAGAACCAGUCAGAAACUAAAGGCAGGAGAAAAGCAAUCAAGGAGAUCCAUCAGCCAAAGUAGAUCUGCUGAAAGAACACCGAAUCUCUGUCAACGAGCCCUUUCUGCUGCCAAAAAAUCAAGUUCUGCUGGUAGCAAAACUGCUGCUGCUUUUCGAGAAUCACACCACUCCAACCAGGGAUCCGUUUCUGCUUUAAAGAGAUCCAGCAGAAACCGCAAGAAUAGAACGACAUCUUUUCUCAAGAUGGUCCAAGGUCCUCUUGACAAAAGAGCUCCUAAAAGAUAUAGGCCUUCAAAGAGAGGGCUUCCUCCUCCAGUGAAAGAGCAAGUCAGCCCCUACUACAAGGGCAACCUCCUUGCGAAGCAAAAAGCCUAUUGUAGAGGGGUGAAGACCUACUCCGCUAAACGACGAAGAAGUCGUCGCCGGAGCAGAGCUGCGUUUCACUCCCCAAGGGGGACCUCAUCCAAUUCGGAAAGGGUCCUGAGAAGAUAA